AUGAACCGCGCCCUGCUCGUCGUCUGUGUCUCUGUCGUUCUCACAAUUUCUACGCCGCCGGUGUCUUCGUCUCUGGCACUUAAUCCUCACGAGCUUGGCAUGUUACAGAAAGGUUUCCUCCGUCGAUUUGGUUUCCCUCGCGUUCCCGAUUUGUCUGGACCUACGCUUCCUAUCCCGGAUCACGUGUGGGAUAUCUAUGAGGAAGCGAGUGAGGAUGGGGAUAUGGAUUGGAUACGGCAUUACUAUCCAAAGGAACUUUUCGAGCUGAAUUCUGGUCUCCUCGUAUCCUACAAUCUAUCUGCUUCUGUCCGAAAUGCAGCCAAAGAGGAAGUGACACGAGCAAAUCUAAAAAUAAAACUACAUCAAGUAAAAAAAUCCAGUCGUAUCAGCGUCUACGAAUUCGAACAACAUCAUCCUGAGAUACAAAGACUGCUUGACUCAAAAAUCAUUGACGUCUCCGACACUCAACGACCAACACAAUGGGUCGAUCUUGACGUUACACCGGCACUUCGUGCGUCCCGCAACGAUCAUGAUACGGUGAUGUUACUAAUCGAUCAUCCUGAUGUUGCAAUCUAUUCGUCUGAACCACAUUCCAUGUCCACAGUUCCACUUUCGCGACAUCAAAGCCUUCCAUUAGUUGUUUACAGUGUAAUAAAAGAACCGUCACGUGUUCGACGAAAACGAUCCGCGCCAACUCGCCGUGAUCGAAAGAAACAACGAAAACAACAUCAUCGUCAUAACGCUACCGAUAGCGGAAUAUGCCAGAAAAAGGCGUUAUACGUGGAUUUCGAAGAAAUCGGAUGGCAAGAAUGGAUUUUGGCACCAAAAAGCUAUGAAGCUGGACAAUGCGUCGGCAUAUGUCCACAUCCGUUGCCGGCUCAUCUAAACGCGACCAAUCAUGCCAUCGUGCAAUCGCUGACUAACUCACUAAAUCCACAGGUGCCACCACCUUGUUGUGUACCUACAGAAACUACACAUCUUUCCAUACUAUUUUUGGACGUUGAUAAUAAAAUUAUCAUCAAAAACUAUCCUGAUAUGCGGGUCGAAGCUUGCGGGUGUCGCUAA